UGCUAAUGCAGACAGAUUACAAGCAAAAGCAUGCGUUACAGCUGUGCAAACCCCGGAUUUACAACUACAAACCAUUUUGAAACAAAUUAGACGUUAAAUUUGUCAACUCCGAGUUUCCAGAUUCGGCAUGUGCAAAUAUGUUUUAUUCACAGAAGAUUCACAAUUCGAAGUUUUCUAAAUGAGUUGAAUGCUUUGCAAAUGUGAAAUUACAUAUUUCACACAUGAUACAAGGUUGCGAAAUUAUAUUACACAUUUGCGAAUUAUGAUACAAACUUGCAAAAUGAACUAACACAUUUGUUUAUCGGAUCUCAAUGUGCGACCAGGAAAUUCAACAUGUGCGUACUUUUAGUAUCCGGUGUCCCAAACCUUCCUCGAGGACAGUUGGACUGCGCGUGCGCGCCGUACUGUCAGCCCACGCGCGGUCCGGAGGCGGUAGUGACGCCUGACUGAAAUACAGCAGCAGAAAACAAGAUGUCACCCAGCAGGGUCUGAGCAAAAACAAAACAUUUGAUCGCCUUUUUUUAAUUAUCGCAGAACAAGGACUAUGAGACAGAUCAUUCAUAGAAGGUCCCCUCUUCUAACAUGUCCUGUGAGACUGAUGAUUAACAAGCCAGCCCACGAUGGCUUUUGUUGUAGUCUCUGAGGCCUGAGCAGCUGACCUGAGGACCCCCCCCCCUACACCCUCACCCCUAGUCCAGAGGGCAAGAGCAGCCACCAUGGUGCUGUCACAGAGACAACGAGAUGAACUAAACCGAGCGAUAGGAGACUACCUCCGCUCCAACGGCUAUGAAGAAGCCUAUUCCACCUUCAAGAAAGAGGCAGAGUUAGAUAUGAAUGAGGAGUUAGAUAAGAAGUACGCUGGUCUUUUGGAGAAGAAAUGGACCUCUGUCAUCAGAUUACAGAAGAAGGUGAUGGAGCUGGAGUCUAAGCUGAACGAGGCCAAGGAGGAGAUGACUCUAGGGGGUCCUGUGGCCCAGAAGAGGGAUCCUAAGGAGUGGAUCCCCCGUCCCCCAGAGAGAUACGCCCUAAGCGGCCACCGCUCCCCCGUCACACGGGUCAUCUUCCACCCGGUCUUCUCUGUCAUGGUCACUGCUUCUGAGGACGCCACCAUCAAGGUGUGGGACUAUGAGGCAGGGGACUUUGAGCGGACACUGAAGGGUCAUACAGACUCUGUCCAGGACAUCUCCUUUGACCAGACGGGCAAGCUGCUGGCCUCCUGCUCUGCAGACAUGACCAUCAAGCUGUGGGACUUCCAGGGCUUUGAGUGCAUCCGCACCAUGCACGGUCAUGACCACAACGUGUCUUCUGUAGCCAUCAUGCCCAAUGGAGACCACAUAGUCUCUGCCUCCAGAGACAAGACCAUCAAGAUGUGGGAGGUGGCCACUGGGUAUUGUGUGAAGACAUUCACAGGCCACAGAGAAUGGGUGAGGAUGGUCCGGCCCAACCAGGAUGGUUCUCUUAUCGCCAGCUGUUCCAACGACCAGACGGUGCGUGUGUGGGUGGCCACCUCCAAGGAGUGUAAGGCUGAGCUGCGGGAGCACGAACACGUGGUGGAGUGUAUUGCCUGGGCCCCCGAUACCGCUCACCCCACUAUCCUGGAGGCUACUGGCUCAGAGAGUAAGAAGAGUGGGAAGCCCGGCCCAUUCCUUCUCUCUGGCUCUAGAGAUAAGACCAUCAAGAUGUGGGACGUCAGCACUGGCAUGUGCCUUAUGACUCUGGUGGGUCAUGAUAACUGGGUGCGUGGUGUGUUGGUGCACCCUGGAGGCAGGUUCAUAGUGAGCUGUGCUGAUGAUAAGACUCUGAGGAUCUGGGACUACAAGAACAAGCGCUGCAUGAAGACCCUGUGUGCCCACGAACACUUUGUUACCUCUCUGGAUAUGCACCGGACUGCUCCCUACGUGGUGACAGGCAGCGUUGAUCAGACAGUCAAAGUGUGGGAGUGUCGCUGAGUCUGCCUGCAACCUCCCUCUCAUCUUCCUCUCUACCCUCCAACCACAGCCUUAUACACCCCCCCCAACCUCCUGCUCUUCUCUUCCAGAAGGAGCAUUAGUGCUCCCCUAAAUAGCAGCCUCUCCUCCCCUACCCACCACCUCUAUCCUCCAACCACAACCCUAUACCCCCUCCUACCCACAAUCCGACACUUUCUCUCUGACACUCACCUAAGCCCAACCUCUCGCACUCUAUACCAUUGUUAUCCAGGCUUUGCCCCUCAUCUCCCGGCCCUGUUUUAAAAUAAAUAUUGAUUGUCCUUUUUAUGUAAAUUAUUCUGGAUGUAGAGUAUGCUUAAUAAAUAUUACACACACACACACACACACACACAUUCUCUCGCACACACACACUAAAAGAAAAAAUCAGUAUUCCUUGGCUGGUGAUUUCCCCCAAAAACGUGCAUACUGUAAAUUUGCCAUGACGUGGGGGUCAAAGGGUAAAUGGUUCCUGUGUCCUUCCCCAGUGCAUGCUGGGUAAUUGUGACUGCACAUAAACCAAUCACAUCUGUUCUAUAAGGGUUUGGUUUGGGUUUUAUUUUGUUUCUUCCUGCCACUUAUUCUGACGCUACCUAGGAGAGAGAGAAGAGUGUGAAAGGAAGAGAAUUGUGGCAGAGGAGUAGAAUAAGAGAUGACUGGUAGUGUCUGUGUGUACUUUGUGUAGUCUGUGUGUAUGGCGAUAGAGAAUAGAGGUUGUGUGUGUGGAGUCGAGGCUUUCUGUCCCUCUGUUUAUACUCCCUCUCAGUUACUGGUAUCUGACUGGGUUCUAGUAGAUACUCACAAGGAUCUUAAAGAUCCCUAUGCUGUAAAGAACAUACACAAAUUAAGACUUUCUCGCUCCGUCAUACACACUUCAAGGAAGAUGCAGAGAUGAGCAGAUAUUUGUGUUACACACACACACCACAUACACAAUCUUCUGCUGCCAUGUGUCCCAAAAGCACCCCAUGCCCACUCAUUCUCUGUUGUCUCUGCCUUGUUAACCCUCUUGAGGUCUCCCUCACCAAGGGAUUUCCUUCUGCUUUCUGUACUCUUACUGCUCUAUUUGUCACAUACACUCACACAGAUGCACAUAAGCACAGUGAACUUGUGUUCCAAUAUAUCUGUAUGUGAUUGUUUGCAACAUAAAAAUAUCUGU